AUGCACAAUGCUUUAGGGGUUAAAGAUAUAGGCAGACUUCAUUAUGUCCCUUUACAACCCCGUCCUGGUACUCAUAUUUUAGUAACUGUUCGUCUACUCCUUUCUAAAGAUAACGAUGUUAUGUUAGCAGCUCAGGGUUUAGCUUUAAGAUGGAUGCGUUUAGCAAAAUUUUUAAUUAGAAGGCAAGGGUGUUCUGUGAUGGAAUCAUUAAAACACGAAAUGCUUCCAAUACUCAACUUUUAUGAAUCGUCUUUAAUUAGCCUUAAACCUGGCCUUUAUUUAGCUUAUUUAAAAUUACAAUCUUCACUAAAUUGUGUUAAUGUGUUAAUUCCAGAAAAUUUUACUUCAAUUUUGCCGUUUGCUAAAAUUCGAUCAAAUAAUUUUUUAACUCAACAAGAAUGGAUGUUUUUACAAUUAUUAAAUUGUAAUAACGGAAUUAUUAUUAAAAAAGAAAAAUCAGAACAGCAACAAUUUAAUGAAGAACAAAUUAAUUUUCAGAAACAAUUAGCUAGUGCUGCCAAAAAUGUUUUUUCUUCUUUAAUUUAA